CUCAACAGCAAUUUCUCAAAGCAAGAGGCAGAUUACAGCCUGUGUAGUGACAAUGAAACAUCCAAAAUUUACCACUCAAGUGCUAACACAGCUACUUUCAUCAGCUGGUGGUGCUUUUGUAGUCAUAAUCUUUUUAGUUGCUUUCCAGUAUAUUUUUAAACUGGAGUUUGAUUGUCCAUGCGACCCUGAAGAAAACCUGUGGUUUUGCCUGGUUUACAUUUUUGCACCGAUUUUGAUUUUUGCCUUGAUUAUAAUUGGAGCAGACCGAAUCCUUUGGAAAGUUUGUACUUCCGGUUAUUACUUCAUUUGUUUAAAAAGACUUGUGAGAGCUCUGACAGUUGGUGUACUAUGGUUUGUAACAGCACUAUUGGAUGGAGACUUGAUAGUGUGCUUUAUGACAACUUCAGAAAAUAUAACAGUCCGGACUGAACAACCAGUUUGCAAGAAAGAACCUACCAGCGAUGAAUUUGCAAACAUCACACGCCAAAAAAAUCUAUCACGUGUGUCCGGAUUGGUUGUGCUGGCUGGGGUAAUACUGAUAUGGGCAAUAUGUUCUUGUUGUUCAAAAUGCAAAUCACACACAUAUUAUAGUAAGACUCUGUAUGAUGAACAUUUGCUGGAGCAGAAUGAACUACUUCUAGAAGACAAAAUUAAAGAAAAGGCCAAAAAGAUGGCAGACGUUAAUGCAGAAGAAAAUCUGAGAGAACUAAACCUUCCUGCAGAUCCUGAACAGCCUGGCACUUCUGGAGCUUCACAAGAGAAUCCAAGCCAUAUUGCAAAUUCUGAAAACGCUGGCACUUCUGGAGCUUCACAAGAGAAUCCAAGCCAUAUUGCAAAUUCUGAAAACGCUGGCACUUCUGGAGCUUCACAACAGAAAUCAAACCAUACCGCAGAUCCUGAAGAGCCUGGCACUUCUGGAGCUUCACACCAGAAUUCUUCAACCAAAACUACAAAUUCUGAAAACGCUGGCACUUCUGGAGCUUCACAACAGAAAUCAAACCAUACCGCAGAUCCUGAACAGCCUGGCACUUCUGGAGCUUCACACCAGAAUUCUUCAACCAAAACUACAAAUUCUGAAAACGCUGGCAUUUCUGGAGCUUCACACCAGAAUUCAGCCCUUAGUGCAAAUUCUGAAAACGCUGGCAUUUAUGGAGCUUUACAACAGAAUUUAACAAUUACUGCAAAUUCCGAACAGCCUGGCAUUUCUGGAGCUUCACAACAGAAUUCAGCCCUUACUGCAAAUUCCAAAAAUGCUGGGAAGCGUGGUAUGUCACAACAAAAUUCAGCUAAUUCUGAUGAGAAACAACGCCUACUUCCUAAAAAACAAUGAGGAAGAACCCUUUGAAAUUGAAUACAAUCAGCAACAAACUAAACACAACCAGUAACAACCUCCAAAUCCUGACCAACAACAACCAGCAACAACCUCCAAAUCCUGACCAACACAACCACCAACAACCUCCAAAUCCUGACCAUUUACAAACUGAACACAACCAACAUCAACCUUCAAAUCCUGACCAACAACAAACUGAACACAACCAGCAACAACCUCCAAAUCCUGACCAACUACAAACUGAACACAACCAGCAACAACCUCCAAAUCCUGAC